AUCUUCAGGAGGUGCUGGCUGGUGUUUAAGAAGGCGUCCAGUAAAGGCCCCAGACGUUUAGAGAAAUACCAAGAUGAGAAGGCAGCAUACUUCAGAAGCUUUCACAAGGUAAACACUAAACAUCACUUUAUAUACUGUCACUGUCUUUUACUGUGAAAUAUCCACCAAUCCUCUCUUCCUUUCAGUUAUACUGUAUAUAUAUAUAUAUAUAUAUAUAUAUAUAUAUAUAUAUAUAUAUAUAUAUAUAUAUAUAUAUAUAUAUACAGUACCUUGCAAAAGUAUUCAUCCCACUUGGCGUUUUUUCCUAUUUUGUUGCAUUACAACCUGUAAUUUAAAUUGAUUUUUAUUUGGAUUUCAUGUAAUGGACAUACACAAAAUAGUCCAAAUUGGUGAAGUGAAAUGGAAAAAAAUGAAAAAAAAUAAAUAACGGAAAAGUGGUGCAUGCAAAUAUAUUCACCCCCUUUGCUAUGAAGCCCCUAAAUAAGAUCUAGUGCAACCAAUUACCUUCAGAAGUCACAUAAUUAGUUAAAUAAAGUCCACCUGUGUGCAAUCUAAGUGUCACAUGAUCUGUCACAUGAUCUCAGUAUAUAUACACCUGUUCUGAAAGGCCCUAGAGUCUGCAACACCACUAAGCAAGGGGCACCACCAAGCAAGCGGCACCAUAUAGACCAAGGAGCCCUCCAAACAGGUCAGGGACAAAGUGGUGGAGAAGUACAGAUCAGGGUUGGGUUAUAAAAAAAUAUCCACAACUUUGAACAUCAAACGGAGCACCAUUAAAUCCAUUAUUAAAAUUUUUUAAAGAAUAUAGCACCAAAACAAAUCUGCCAAGAGAGGACCGCCCACCAAAACUCAUGGACCAGGCAAGGAGGGCAUUAAUCAGAGAGGCAACAAAGAGACGAAAGAUAACCCUGAAGGUUGGAGUAUCUGUCCAUAGGAACACAUUAAGCCGUACACUCCACAGAGCUGGGCUUUACGGAAGAGUGGCCAGAAAAAAAGCCAUUGCUUAAAGAAAAAAAUUAGCAAACACAUUUGGUGUUUGCCAAAAGGCAUGUGGGUGACUCCCCAACCAUAUGGAAGAAGGUACUCUGGUCAAGUGAGACUAAAAUUGAGCUUUUUGGCCAUUAAGGAAAACGCUAUGUCUGGCGCAAACACAACACCUCUCAUCACCCCGAGAACACCAUCCCCACAGUGAAGCAUGGUGGUGGCAGCAUCAUGCUGUGGGGAUGUUUUUCAUCGGCAAGGACUGGGAAACUGGUCAGAAUUGAAGGAAUGAUGGAUGGCGCUAAAUACGGGGAAAUUCUUGAGGGAAACAUGUUUCAGUCUUCCAGAGAUUUGAGACUGGGACGGAGGUUCAUCUUCCAGCAGGACAAUGACCCUAAGCAUACUGCUAAAGCAACAUUCAAGUGGUUUAAGGGGAAACAUUUAAAUGUCUUGGAAUGGCCUAGUCAAAGCCCAGACCUCAAUCCAAUUUAGAAUCUGUGGUAUGACUUAAAGUUUGCUGUACACCAGCGGAACCCAUCCAACUUGAAGGAGCUGGAGCAGUUUUGCCUUGAAGAAUGGGCAAAAAUCCCAGUGGCUAGAUGUGCCAAGCUUAUAGAGACAUACCCCAAGAGACUUGCAGCUAUAAUUGCUGCAAAAGGUGGCUCUACAAAGUAUUGACUUUGGGGGGGUGAAUAGUUAUUCUUGUUUGUUUCACAAGAAAAAAUAUUUUGCAUCUUCAAAGUGGUAGGCAUGUUGUGUAAAUCAAAUGAUACAAACCACCAAAAAAUCAAUUUUAAUUCCAGGUUGUAAGGCAACAAAAUAGGAAAAAUGCCAAGGGGGGUGAAUACUUUCGCAAGCCACUGUAUAUAUAUAUAUAUAUAUAUAUAUAUAUAUAUAUAUAUAUAUAUAUAUAUAUAUGUAUAUAUAUAUAUAUAUAUAUAUAUAUUCACCUCAUUGGAUGUCCAAAUAAUAUGUUGUCUGGAUAUGAAGGGUACACUCAGUAGACAGAUACGUUUUAGACGCAGCACCAGGCCAGACAGAAAUUCAUUUGUCUGAGUCUAUUGACCCUUUUAACAGUAUCGCCUCCCAUCACAAUUUAGCCACAACCUUAAUGUUUACCCUAUAACAAGCCCCAACCACCAUUUUCCCUCAGACAAUAUCGCCAAGCACUUCUUUUAUUACACAUAAAUCAGAAAAAUCUUAUUACACACAAACCGACCCCAAAAAAUCAUUUUAUUUGUCUUUCAUAAAAGUGUUUCACAUGGGGUACAAAUUGCUGUUAAGAAUCCAUUAAGGCACAUUUGUCCGCUUUAUCUCGUUCCUCCAGGGCCUUUCUCUUCCUUUGAGGAGGAUAAUCUGGAAUAUAAUAUAUCUCUCCCCGCUUCUUAAGCCCUUUGAAAAUACCCCAAUUAGGCCUCAUUAUCAGUGGCGAGGAUGAUGUUAAGUGAGUUAAGUGGCUCUGCUGUAGUGAUGGGAGGAGAGGAGAUAUAGCCUCAGAUAGGGACUGGGAGGGACACCAGUGUUUAAUGUGGCUGGGCUCUUGAAUGUGUGGCUGUAUUAUGAGAGGGACCCUUUAAUGCUUCAUAACACGCUGUCUAAUACACUAUCAUUAGUUAUCAGACACUUCGCCACCUCAUUAAGGGGUGGACUGACUGGAGGCCUAUGCUGAUUUGAGAUACAGUGGGGAAAGAAAGUAUUUAGUCAGCCACCAAUUGUGCAAGUUCUCCUACUUAAAAAGAUGAGAGAGGCCUAUAAUUUUCAUCAUAGGUACACGUCAACUAUGACAGACAAAUUGAGAAAAUAUUUUCCAGAAAAUCACAUUGUAGGAUUUUUAAUGAAUUUAUUUGCAAAUUAUGGUGGAAAAUAAGUAUUUGGUCACCUACCAACAAGCAAGAUUUCUGGCUCUCACAGACCUGUAACUUCUUCUUUAAGAGGCUCCUCUGUCCUCCACUCGUUACCUGUAUUAAUGGCACCUGUUUGAACUUGUUAUCAGUAUAAAAGACACCUGUCCACAACCUCAAACAGUCACACUCCAAACUCCACUAUGGCCAAGACCAAAGAGCUGUCAAAGGACACCAGAAACAAAAUUGUAGACCUGCACCAGGCUGGGAAGACUGAAUCUGCAAUAGGUAAGCAGCUUGGUUUGAAGAAAUCAACUGUGGGAGCAAUUAUUAGGAAAUGGACGACAUACAAGACCACUGAUAAUCUCCCUAGAUCUGGGGCUCCACGCAAGAUCUCACCCCGUGGGGUCAAAAUGAUCACAAGAACGGUGAGCAAAAAUCCCAGAACCACACAGGGGGACCUAGUGAAUGACCUGCAGAGAGCUGGGACCAAAGUAACAAAGCCUACCAGCAGUAACACACUACGCCGGCAGGGACUCAAAUCCUGCAGUGCCAGACGUGUCCCCCUGCUUAAGCCAGUACAUGUCCAGGCCCGUCUGAAGUUAGAGUGCAUUUGGAUGAUCCAGAAGAGGAUUGGGAGAAUGUCAUAUGGUCAGAUGAAACCAAAAUAUAACUUUUUGGUAAAAACUCAACUCGUUGUGUUUGGAGGACAAAGAAUGCUGAGUUGCAUCCAAAGAACACCAUACCUACUGUGAAGCAUGGGGGUGGAAACAUCAUGCUUUGGGGCUGUUUUUCUGCAAAGGGACCAGGACGACUGAUCCGUGUAAAGGAAAUAAUGAAUGGGGCCAUGUAUCGUGAGAUUUUGAGUGAAAACCUCCUUCCAUCAGCAAGGGCAUUGAAGAUGAAACGUGGCUGGGUCUUUCAGCAUGACAAUGAUCCCAAACACACCGCCAGGCAACGAAGGAGUGGCUUUGUAAGAAGCAUUUCAAGGUCCUGGAGUGGCCUAGCCAGUCUCCAGAUCUCAACCCCAUAGAAAAUCUUUGGAGGGAGUUGAAAGUCUGUGUUUCCCAGUGACAGCCCCAAAACAUCACUGCUCUAGAGGAGAUAUGCAUAGAGGAAUGGGCCAAAAUACCAGCAACAGUGUGUGAAAACCUUGUGAAGACUUACAGAAAACGUUUGACCUGUGUCAUUGCCAACAAAGGGUAUAUAACAAAGUAUUGAGAAACUUGUGUUAUUGACCAAAUACUUAUUUUCCACCAUAAUUUGCAAAUAAAUUCAUUUAAAAUCCUACAAUGUGAUUUUCUGGAUUUUUUUUUCUCAUUUUGUCUGUCAUAGUUGACGUGUACCUAUGAUGAAAAUUACAGGCCUCUCUCAUAUUUUUAAGUGGGAGAACUUGCAUAAUUGGUGGCUGACUAAAUACUUUUUUUCCCCACUGUAGCUAUGUAACUUUUUCUACUACAUCAUACCAUCAAAUUGAAACGCCUGUGUAGUGUUAACCUCUCCUAUAGAGGUCUGCUACCAACAGCAGAUUGAAUGAUGACAGAACACAUGCACCAGUGCACCUGAUAAUGUUUCCCCAUAGUGCUCCCCAGUGCACCUGAAAAUGCUUCCCUAGAAUCUCCACACAUAUUAGGAAAGGUUCCAUCUGAGGUGUUCCAGAACAAUUCUGCAGAGAAAACAACAACAGUGGAUUUGCUUUUGUGUUUUGAAGGGUGCUGCGUGGUCUAUACUCCCAGUCGGUAUUAGAUAGAACGUCGCAGCCCCGCCCGCCUGUCUGGAAAACAACCUAUGGUUACCUAAGUUACCCUAUUGGCUCACAGCAAAAACGUGACCUUUUUCAAAGCAAUUUUCUUGUUGUCUGCUUGUUUUAGUAAAUUACAAAACUACAUUUAAGAAAAGUAUAACAUGUCUAAAGAUAACUUUUCAACAUUGCUUGCUCCAGAGCGUUCUCACUACAUAUAACAUUUUUAUAUUGUAGGGCUUCACAACGACACAAACAGACUAUACUAAACAAGUUAAAUGUCUUAUAUGUGAUGAAAUGUUUUCCACACACAUAGCCGACUUGGACACCGGGUCCCCACAUUUCCCACUCUCCCACGCCGAAUAGACUGUAGCUACAGGUCUCUUCUCGCAGGCUCUAUUUCCCUACGUAGGAGUAUUGCGAACUGUAGGUUGAACAACACAGCAGUUUUUCGCCAUGUUUUGUUAUUUCUGUAUAACCAAAAAUUAACGACAAAGUUGGCUCUUUUACACUGGGUGUCAAUGGGAAAUAAUGUUUUUUUCCCCCCAAUUUGUGUGCGUGGUCGAGGGGAAUUCCUUAUUAUUAUAUGAAUAUUGAUUCGGAGUAUACAACUGAAUAAUUAUCUAAAUAUUUUCAGCAGGACCCACUCCCUGUCUCCCUUGUUUACUAUUUUGGCUGCCUCUCUAUGUCAAGAGCUCUUGACAAAGGCAUUUGCAGCCAUAAAAUGCCACCAAUGGUUUGGUUCAUAAAGUUUAAAUAAAUAAGCAGUAAACCGUAGGGAAGUAACUUUUAGAGAGUUUAUGCCUUUAGGCUAUAUUCUUGACAACAGCUUUGUGGCUGUGUUCUGAGAGGAAAGAAGAGAAGAUGAUCGAAGAGGAGAGGAGAGGAGAGGAGAGGAGAGGAGAGGAGAGGAGAAGAGAGGAGAGGAGAGGAGAGGAGAGGAGAGGAGAGGAGAGGAGAGGAGAGGAGAGGAGAGGAGAGGAGAGGAGAGGAGAGGAGAGGAGAGGAGAGGAGAGGAGAGGAGAGGCUGGCUAACCACACAGAGCCCAGCUAGCUCUAGUGCUGAUGUGGUCUUGGCUGCCAGUUCUGUGUUAUAAUUGUGUUUCUGGGGGAAGAUAGGAACCAUAUUCACUUCAUAUUCACUUCCUCACAUCAGCAAUGCAAACAGAUGGUAGCGAUGCUAUUUUCUGGAUAUUGAAUACUGAGGGUAAUGGUAUUCAAUACAGUUUUGUACAACCUCAUCAUCACAAUGCCUUGUGAUGCAGUUUCACAACAGUCUUGAACAGACAAUGCUGUUCAUGGAACAUGGAAUUUAUUUCACUAGCAAUAAUCAUAUCAAACAUAGAAACCUUCAAUCUUCAUGUGGUAUGUUAGUAUGGCUCGUGGCACUGAGCUCUAACAGUCAGGUUUUUACUAUAUGGGCAACACACGAACGCUGGCACGCACACACACACACACACACACACACAUUUUACUACAGUAUAUGGGCAGUGAGCCCACCUAAUACAUUCCCACCAGGCUGGCAUUGUGCCCACGGUUGGCUCUGAGCGAGUACUCUACAAUAAUGUAAUGGCUCUUAUCUGUCCAGCAGCGAACAGAGAGCGGAUUGUUGAAUAAAACAGCCCUAUAAAUGCACAAGAUAUUCAAUUAAAUGACUGUUAACUCCCAGAGUUAACAUGAUUUAGGAGCUUUUGAUUCUCCUCCUGAGUAUUGAUUGGAUCUUUAGUGGUCGUUUGCAAAGUGAAGCAGUUUCACCGAUGGCUCUUGUUGUUUUUUUAGUUAGAGCCAGACCAACGGAUGUCUAAACUCUCAUUUAGGAGACUGAGUUGGCAAUAAUGUAUAUGACAAGCUUGUUAAUCCAUUACACAAUAUAAAUGGUCUUCUUCACAAUAAAUUAAACAAUAGAAGUGGUAAUGAGUUGCAUUCAUAUAGCUCCUUUCAACAGGUCUCACAGAGCUUAUGAGAUAUGAAUAUUGUGUAAAUAAAUAUGAUAAAAUUACAUUUUGUUUUGCAAUUAUGCGUGUAUAGAACAUCACCAACAGUCAUUUAAGAUGAUAAACUAUCAGUUAAGGGAGCAAGUCGAACAACCAAUUUAUCUCUAAAACUUGGCUUUAAUUUCUGGAUCUCGUUAUGUUUUAUUUGGAAGCUAACAUAACUAGACGAUGUGUUCCCUUGUCCUCUCGGCUGUCGUCUUGUUGAUUUGGCUAAUGUUUUGUUGUUCUGUUUCUCUUAGAUCACGGAGCUUCACAAUAUCAAGAACAUUACACGGAUGCCGCCGGAGACCAAGAAACACGCAAUGGCAAUCAUCUUCUACGACGAGACUUCCAAGACAUUUGCCUGUGAGUCAGGUAAGCAAUGCAACACUGGGGAAUGGAGGGAGGGAAGGAGGGAGGGAAGGAGGGAGGGAGGGGGGAUGAUGAGUAUGGGGGAGAGAGAGGGAGAAAGCAAUAGAAGAGAGAAAAGAACAGAUAAUAAUAAUAUAAUAUAACAUGCCAUUUAGCAGACGCUUUUAUCCAAAGCGACUUACAUUCAUGCGUGCAUACAUUUUUGUGUAUGGGUGGUCCCGGGGAUCGAACCCACUACCCUGGCGUUACAAGCGCCGUGCUCUACCAGCUGAGCUACAGGGGAAGGAUAGAGAGUGAGAGAGAAAGACAAUUGAGUACUGAAGGUGUUCCAAGCACCAGGCAUGUGAUUCUGUACUGUAUUAACUAAGAAAGGUGUGUGUGUGUGUGUGUGGGUUUGUGGGGAGGGGUACUUGGGUAUUAUAUAUAUAUGGUUGCAUCCCUCUGGAUCCUAGUAGAGCAGAAUGCUGUGAUCUGAUAGGUUGUAAUGAAUUCUGCUGCAGGAACUGGCUGAGUUAAUAGUGUUAAGAGUCUUUAUAGAGAACUAAAGAGAAACACAGAGAGAUAAAGGAGGAUGGAUAUUGGAUUCAUAGUGAUAAAGGGAUGGGGAGGGAAAGAGUGAGAGAGAAUGAUUGGGAAGAGUGAAUGAUAGUGAUAUGGAUAGUGAUAGGGAGAGAGAGAGGGAGAGAGAGAGACAGUGGGGAUGAGAGAGAAAUAGAGUGAGCAGUGGUCCUGCAGAGAUAUCAUUAGCACCUCUCCAUCCUCUCCUUUCCUCUCCUUUCCUCUCCUUUCCUCUCCUUUCCUCUCCUUUCCUCUCCUUUCCUCUCCUUUCCUCUCCAAUCCUGUAAUGUCACAAACAGAGAAGUAAACAGUAGUUAAUUGCGCACUGGGUGGAAGAGACAUACACAAACAAACAAGGACAGUGAUCUGCUGUAGACAGGUUGCAGAGGAUUUUAGUAUGUGUGAGUGUGUGAGUGUGUGAGUGUGUGUGUGUGUGUGUGUGUGUGUGUGUGUGUGUGUGUGUGUGUGUGUGUGUGUGUGUGUGUGUGUGUGUGUGUGUGUGUGUGUGUGUGUGUGUGUGUGUGUGUGUGUGUGUUAAGGUGCUGAUGUGCUGAUGUGAGCUGUAGCAGUGGAUCUCAGGGGAGAGAUUAUGUGGCUUAUGGGGUGCAGUGAACUCUAUCUCCACUCUCUCCCCAUUCUCUCUCUCUCUCUCUCUCUCAAUUCAAUUCAAUUCAAUUUAAGGGCUUUAUUGGCAUGGGAAACAUAUCUUAACAUUGCCAAAGCACGUGAAGUAGAUAGUAAACAAAAGUGAAAUAAACAAUAAAUAUUAACAGUAAACAUUAAACUCAGAAGUUCCAAAAGAAUAAAGACAUUUCAAAUGAAAUGGAGAAACUUAUUCAAGAAAUAUCAAGUGUAAUAUAUUAUAAAAAUAAAGCAAACUGGAUGGAAUAUGGGGGAAAAUGCACCAAAUUAUUUUUUAAUCUUCAACAUAGGAAUGCUACCAAAAAUAACUUAAUGAAACUGGUUACAAUUGACGGAGUCACCCAUGAUUCACCAAAUUAUAUUUUGAAGGAGGAAACAAAGUACUUUAAGCAUAUGUUUUCUUUUCAGUCGCCUCCAUCUCCUCUAACUGAAGCUAAUUGUAUGGAUUUUUUUCUAUUGAUAAUGUAAAAUUAACAGCCAUACAGAAAGACUAAUGUGAAGGUGAAAUUACAGAGGAGGAACUUCUGGAUGCAAUUAAAGACUUUAAGUCCGGAAAAACUCCAGGUUUGGAUGGCAUACCAGUCGAGGUAUACCAAACCUUUUUUGAUAUACUAAGAGGACCGUUAUUAGCAUGUUUUAACCACUCCUAUGUAAAUAGAGGAUUAUCUGACACUCAAGAAGAAGGUCUGAUCUCAUUAUUACUGAAACAGGAUACAAGUGGAAAAUAUAAAGAUCCAGUCCAUUUAAAAAAUUGGAGGCCCCUUACACUUCAGUGUUGUGAUGCAAAAAUUCUAGCAAAAUGUAUAGCGCAUAGAAUUAAAAAUGUAGUUUACCAAUAAAAUGGUCUGAUGGUGAUGUGAAAAUACUCUGAAUACAUAUCCCAAAGGAAAUAAAUGAUCUCACUUCAAUACAUUUUAAUAGAAAGUUAGCAAAAAUAGACAAGAUCUUGCUACCAUGGAAAGGUAAAUACCUGUCCAUUUGUGGAAAAAUCACCCUGAUUAACUCUUUAGUAUUAUCCCAGUUUACCUAUUUGCUUAUGGUCUUGCCUAUAUUCAAUAUGCCAUAUUAUUUGGAACAGCAAGCCAGACAAAAUUAAAAGGGCCUAUUUAUAUAAUGAAUAUGAAUUCGGAGGACAGAAAUGAUUAAAUAUUAAAGCAUUAGACCUAUCACUAAAAGCUUCAGUCAUACAAAAGUUAUACUUAAAUCCGAACUGGUUCUCAAGCAAAUUAGUAAGAUUGUCUCACCCAAUGUUCAAGAAAGGCCUUUUUUCCCUUUAUUCAGAUUACAACCACUCAUUUUCAGUUAUUUGAAAAGGAAAUAAUCUCCCAAAUAUCACUAUUUCUAAAACAAGCCAUAGAAAGUUGGUUGCAAUUUCAAUUUAAUUCUCCAGAAAUGACAGAACAAAUAAUGCAACAAAUAUUGUGGUUAAAUUCAAAUAUACUAAUUGACAAAAAACCUUUAUUUUUUGACAGAAUGUUUAAAAAAAGGUAUAAUGUUCGUAAAUGAUAUCAUUGGUAGAACUGGUGGAGUUAUGUCGCACAUGCAGCUAACAAAAACAUAUGGAAAUGUCUGCUCUACCCAAAAUUACAACCAAAUAAUUACAGCCUUACCGCAAAAGUGGAAGAGGAAAGUGGAAGGGGGAGAAAGUAAGGAACUUGUCUGUCGGCCUUGCAUUAAAGAACAGAAUUGGUUAAGGAAAACUGUGAUAAAUAAAAAAGUAUAUCAGCUUCACUUAAGGACCAAAGGAUUGACAGCCGUCCCAUAUAGAUUGCAAAAUAGUUGGGAAGAGAUUUUUGACGUACCAAUCCCAUGGCAUAGUGUUUAUGAACUGACACGCAAAACGACACCGGAUUCAAAAAUUAGAAUCCUUCAAUUUAAAUUAUUAUAUAAAAUUCUUGCUACCAAUAGAAUGUUAUUUAUAUGGGGGAUACAAUCUUCCCAGCUCUGCAGAUUUUGCUGUGAAGAGACAGAAUCAUUAGAUCAUUUGUUAUGGUUCUGUCCAUUUGUAGCUUGUUUUUGGACACAGGUCCAGGAAUGGCUAAAGGAUUGCAAUAUUUACCUGGAGCUAACCUUGCAGAUAGCAUUACUGGGUGAUCUGAAAAGUCAUAGUCAAUCGAUCAAUAAUAUAAUAAUACUUUUAGCCAAAAUGUUUAUUUUUAAUUCACAAUCUGUAGAAGCAAUGAGAAUAGAAAGGUUCAGAACUUUUGUAAAACAUCACAGUACGGUUGAAAUACAUAUGGCAAAUAAUCCUAUAUGGAUGGUGUUAAGAGAUAGAUGGGAGGUAUUGAAUGGAGUUGAAGGAUGGGACUAAUAACAACAAAUAAUAACAAGAUAACUAAUAAUGUAAGCAUACUGUGUCCAUAAUAAGUAUAUAGGUUGUAUGUUGGGAGCUUUUGGGAAAGAGCACAGUUAGAAAGAUAUGACUUAUAGAAGCAAACCGGAUGGACAUCAUGAAAAUGAUCGGAGAGGUUGAGAGUAGAAGAAGUUCAGGAGCAAAAACAAAUAAAAUAGAAUGAUUGUAAAAUUGACUGUGUCCAUAAGGUGUAGAUAGUAAGUAUAGGCUGGAAGUAGAGGCCUGGGCAUUGUUGUUCACUAAUUUACCCCAAGUAGGGAAAGGAUGGCAGGGUUGAAAAGUAAUAAAGGGGAGUAUAUAUAUAAAAAACAUGGAGGAUUGGAAGUGAUGCAGACAAUUACAUUGAUGGAAGUUACAAUCUAUCUGCAAUAUUAAGCUGAUCUACCCCCCCCAAAAAAUAAUAAUAAUAAUAUAAGACAUUUCAAAUGUCAUAUUAUAUAUAAAUAUACAGUGUUAUAACAAUGUGCAAAUAGUUAAAGUACAAAUGGGAAAAUAAAUAAACAUAAAUAUGGGUUGAAUUUACAAUGGUGUUUGUUCUUCACUGGUUGCCCUUUUCUUGUGGCAACAGGUCACACAUCUUGCUGCUGUGAUGGCACACUGUGGUUUUUCACCCAGUAGGUAAGGGAGUUUAUCAAAAUGGGGUUUGUUUUCAAAUUCUUUGUGGAUCUCUGUAAUCUGAGGGAAAUAUGUGUCUCUAAUAUGGUCAUACAUCUGUCUCUCUCUCUCUCUCUCUCUCUCUCUCUCUCUCUCUCUCUCUCUCUCUCUCUCUCUCUCUCUCUCUCUCUCUCUCACACACACACACACACACACACAUGCACGCACACAUGCACAAGAGCCCUCACACAAACACACACACUGCUCACAGUUACACUGCUGACCCCUCCCCCUUCCCAGAGUCCCUUGCCAUAUGGAGUGCUGUGUCCCCCGUGUCCAACACAUGGUCCUUCACUUCCUACUCUCAAUCACACACAUGCACACUAGGGCUGGGCGGUAAACCGCAAUUUAGUACAUACGGACCAGUUUGGAUUUUUACUUUACCUUACAUAACAGUAUAUCAAUGUUUGGUUUAUUAAAUGUAAUAUAAAUGUAAUAACUGAGUGAUGAAACUUGAAAAAUGAUGUAAAUCAUCUGUUCUUGCUGCCAGUAAGAGACUGCUAACAGUUGAGAACUGAUAAUUUGCUAGCAAGAGCUUUGGCUACGCACUUUUUGCCAUCAAUGUUGCCUGUGAGGCAGUGCGGGUGCCAAAAGCACCUUAGAAAUCGGCACAACGUCCCAUGUGGCGAAAGUAAGAACUGCCAUUGAAUCCAUUGAAAAUACAUGGUCACUAACAAGGUUCCAUCCAAUGUUUUUAUGCGAGUAAAGUAAAUGUUGGAUAAAAAAUGUGAUGACAGGCCUGAUGGAAACCAAAAAUGUGUCAUUAAACUUUCCAAAUGCCGACAAAACUAAAUACGCUAUACAAGGUGGGAUCUUUUUGUGUCUGUAAAAUGUAUAAUGUCAGUGGAAACGCUUAUGCGUAAAUAUUGAUAUAAUAACCAAUCAUAUGGGAGUAAACUUGGAGUCACACGAUGUUGUGUGGUCCUCCCACUACGACUCUGGAAACCAUGCAGUUUAUUAGGCUACAAAUUAAAGAAGUUAUGAUGAACUUCACAUGGUGGUGAAAGUGCAAGGUGAUGAGCUUGAUGCUCCUUUCCAAUAAAUAUCGAGGGACUUGCACAUGAGGAGGUACUUAAAGGGUACUCCGGACAGAGCAGAAUUCAGUUGGUGGUACAGUAACCGAUAAAGGUUGGGAACCACUGAUGUAGGCUAUACCCGCACUGUAUCUGCCAGCUGUUGGCUAGAGCGCACGUGCCAAUACCAGAGUGGGCACAUUUGCAACAUUUUUUGUGAGAAAACCAUCAGUAGAGUUGAAAAUGCGAUGGAAACCCAUUGAACUUGUAUUUUUUAUUCGGUACAUGGGAAUUUAACCACAAAAUAUAUUUUUAUGUGCAGCUAUGUCAUCACGCACAGCCUUUUAUCAGAAACAAGUCAAUUUGAUGGAAGCACAUCUCUGGUGGGAAAAUGUGCAUAUUGUUUUUAUAAAGAUUUUAGAAUAAUUGCAUAAAAGUCUGUCUCUAUUGGAUGGAAACCUAGUUAUAGAGAAGAAUAACUAGUCUGAUAAAGAAAAACUUAACUUUUUCACAAAAUAGAGACAUACAAAGACAAAACAAAUGUUUGAUGUGGUAAUGAAAACUAAUGAGUGACUGAAAUGCAGAAAUGUAUGCAGAAAAUUAUUUUGAUUGAACAGUAUAAAACAAUCAGAAGAGAGAAAGCCCCAUUAAAACCACUUAGAAGGUAUUUGUUACCACCCUAAGGUCACUACUCAUGAAGCAUAUUUGCAGCUUUUAUUAUAAAAAAAAAGAUAAAAUAUUGUCAAAUACCUUCAUAAAUGACAAAAAUAUCAUGAUAUGAUAUUUUGGCCAUGUCGGCCAGCCCUAACGCACGCACACACUUUCUCUAUCUCUCUCCCAUGUCCACCCCAUGCAGGAGGCUGCCCUCCCAGGGUCCUUCACUUCCUGUGCUCUCUCUGUGGUACUGUGCCAGUGUCAGCCUCUCUUCUCUCUCGAUCCCUCUUGCUCCUUCUCACUGCUAGUUUUUUUUUUACUGAUGUCUAGCUCUCUAAUCUCUUCCACUCUUUCCUUCUCUCUCUCUCUCUCUCUCUCUCUCUCUCUCUCUCUCUCUCUCUCCUCUCUUCUCUCUCUCUCUCUCUCUAUCUCUCUCUCUCUCUUCUCUCUCCUCUCUCCUCUCUCUCUCUCUCUCUCUCUCUCUCUCUCAUCUCUCUCUCUCUCUCUCCUCCUCUCUCUCUCUCUCUCUUUCCCUCUCCCCUCCCUCUCAUUUUCCUCCCUCUCCCUCUCUCUCCCUAUGUGUUGUCCAGGCUGCCUCUCGGAUAAAGUGUUUCGUUAUGUGAUUUUCCACUCGGCAGUGUGUGAGUUUAGACUUCAGACACACUCAGAGGACACAGGCUCAGCAAGGGAGCUCUUAAGGUUCCUUGGAGAACUCUUGUCGGAUAAAGAAACUUUGAGUUAAGUGUGGGGUUUUUGACGUGGCAUCUACAGUUCUUCAGAAUUCUAAAAGGUUCUUGAAAUGUCUAUAGAAGCCUGCAGAUGUGUCCCUUUAAUAGCACACAGCAAAUUGGCCAGUGUUAACUAGUGUUGAUUCAAGAGUUAAAUUAACAGUAUAAAGAGUUAAAUUAACACUCAGUGGUGUAAAAGAACCUCAGUGUUGGUGUCAAUAACCAGAGUUGAACCAAAACCACGGCCAUCAUUAUCAUAUAUUCCAGCAUGCUCUAUUGCAGGUGGAUUUUUAGAAUUGUUUGUUUCAAUAUCUAUGUUUUUGCAUGAACAUUUAUUUAUUAAUUAAUCUUAUGCUACUCAAAUAUAAAUAACAGACAUUUUUCUAAACUAUUCCAAUCUGUUACUUGGAUUAAUUGCACCCAUUAAUGAAAUGUUUGUUCCAGCAUAGAUGUUUAAGGUAGUCUUAUAUCGUAGUCUUCCCAACCAUUCUAAAUGCAGGUUGCAGGUGAAUAAAAAUUCAAAAUGUUGGAUAUCCCCAAUCUGGCUGGAUUCCAAUAGGAAUUGCACAUCACUUUGCAAGCCAGCAUAAUGUGACCUUCAGGCCACUGCAUUAGGGUAAAACUAGGCCAUAUUGGUGAAGGCCACGGAACUGAAAAUGAAUGAAUGCAACAAUCAUGUCUCUGUCACUAGCAAACACAGUCAUGGGUGGUACAAGUAACUCUAAAAUUAACUCGAAAGGCACCCUGGGAAAUAUGCAAAUAAGGCUUAAAACCCUACAACAAGCCCUUCAAUUCCGGUCCUGGAAGGCUGAAACAUUUCUGGUUUGGGAUUUUUAUAUGGUUCUUCAAAGAACCAUCCAUUUAUGGUUCUUCAGAGACCCUAAAAUGGUUCCCCUAUGGCAUCACUCUCAAUAACCUUAUUUGGUUCCAACUUGCACCUUUAUUUUUAAGAGUGUACAAACACACACACACACACACACACAGUGCCAUGUCCUGGAGCUCCUUUGGGAAGAGACCAGGGAGAAGUAGACAACACACAGAUAAACAACUCAGUCUGACUCUCAUUUCAUAGCUCAGUAACUCUCAUCCACACUCUACAAUCUGGAGACUUACUUUCCAUUGUAAACAGAGCUUUUUCCAUCUUUAGAGGAAGACAUUGGUAUUCACCAACAACUGUCUAUCUGUUUGCUGUGUGAGGGAGUGAGAAUUUGAAUCAUGAAACCAUCAGCCUCCACUUAGUGGUUAAUUAAACAAUUCAAUCUUAUAACACCCCUCCUCUUCUCUCACCACUACCAAGAGUGCCAGAGUUUAGCUUUUCGAGACUCGUGCACACGGCAGCGUAUUUGUGUGUGUUCAUGUUCCUGUUCCUGUUUGUGUGUGCAUGGAUGCCUCAGAGCGAGAUAAGGUGUGUGUAACUGAUGAAGAGAGUAGAGAUAUUAUCGACGUGUAUGGGUUUGAUUAAAAGAUUGUCACUGUUGCUCCGAGAUAAUUAUUUUCGGUUGCAUUCACACAAUUUCCUUAGAGAUCAAUCCUGUUAAUUGUUUGUUACACCCAGGCUUCCCGUCAAUUAAUUAUAUCACCCUAUUGGGAUAAUAAGCUAUUGAUUUUCUGGUGUUAAGAACAUCCCCCUGUGUUCUGCUUGUUGAUCAAAUCUAUCCAUGAAAAAAUGCUGUAUGGCCUGAUCCCAGAUCUGUACUGGAUGUGCUUUACAAGACGUGAUGGCUGGGUAUAUCAGAGAUCUGGUGGUCAAGUGCUGUAGGAGUAAAGUAUAGGAGAGAGGGGAGAGAGGGAAGAGAGAGAGGGUGAGGGAGGGGAGUGUUGAGAGUGGUCAGAGGGGAGAAAGGGGAAACGGGAAGAAAGAUGGGAUAGGAGAGGAGAGAGAGGAAAUUCAGCAUUCAUCUAGUGUUUUGUGUUCAUGAACUGCUUGCCUCUUUUCAUCAGCUGAGAAUCAAUCAGAUUGAUUUUCUCCAGGUUACCGUUACCUGGUGCUCACGUCUGGGGGCUUUUUUUGGUCCACAGUGCAUGCUGUAUGAUUCAUCUGUGUUUUUGUGUGUGUACUUUUCUAACUUUGUGUGAGCUGGAUGUGGAGGAGUGUUGUAAGCUGCGUUGUGUGGAGUGUGUAUUUCUGUGUGAGUGUGUUUAACUCUUGUUUUAACUCUGUGUUUAGAGCUGGAUGCAGAGGAGUGGUGCAAGCUGCUGUGUGUGGAGUGUCUAGGAAGCCGACUGAACGACAUAAGCCUGGGAGAACCAGACCUGUUAGCAGCGGGGGUGCAGCGGGAGCAGAGC